AUUGAAUCCUUUUUGAAGAGACGAGAACUGAAGAAUCAAUUCGCAGUGAGCUUGAUCGUUGAGGGUAGCGAUUCAGAGGAGAUAAAUCCAUCGGUCACUUUCGAUCGUCUCAUGACGAUUCUUAACGUGAACACAAAACCCGAAUUCCAACUCGACACUCCACCUCGAACACCCGAACUUCCAGCAACAAUGCAGUGUUGGUUUUAA